AUGGCAGGAGGAAGAUCUCCAGCUGUUGAGACCGAUCGGGACAGCCGCCCAAAGCGAAUACGGACAUUAACCCCAGGUGGGGCAGAUCUCGCUGCUGCUGCAGCUGCUAAGAAGAAGGCAGAUCUCGCUGCUGCUGCAGCUGCUAAGAAGAAGGCAGAUAUCGCUGCUGCUGUUGCUGCUAAGAAGAAGCCAACAAAGAAUUCCUCACGAGACAAACGUUUGAAUACUACGUUUCAAACACCAUCAGAACGCCAGUACCAUGAACACGAAUCUGAAUCCCCAGGCCGCUCCCAACAAUCUGAAAGCGAAUCUGAGUCUCUACGCCGCUUUCAGCUACAUGAACGGCGUGAAGCUGCUUCCACCACAUCAAACACAUCACCUGCAGAGGAGAGCAGUGAGAAUGGAACACCCGCGGAGACUGGAACCCCAGAGGGCACGGAAGAUGAGCCAGAGAUUCCACAAACGGAGAUGGAUGGCCCUGUCGACGAGGAGGCAGAUCUAGCUACAAUCAUUCCCUCCCCACCGCGAAUGCCCAGAAUCAAACACCCCCGUGCCCUCCAGCAUGAGGAGGAGUUUGUGGCCCGCUGGAAUGCUCUCAUGCAUCGACUCCGAUGGCUUUAUUUCAUCCAGUUUCAUUACAACGCCGGACUGGAUGUCAUUAUCCGCAAAGAGCUUACUCUAACUGACGAGAAAAGCUUCGGUUUCACCAAUGCGUUUUCACGUUGUCGUGAUGCAUGUCGUAAUUGGAAGUCACGGACACUGAAGCGGAUGCUUAAUCAUGUUAGAUCGAUGAAAAUAAAGACGCGUGCGGAGCAACCAGCUGUCUCCUACCUUGAUCUUACUGGUAAUUCCCCUCAAGUGAAGCAGAAGCUGGUCGACCAUUUUUUCAAAGCCUUCUCUGCCCCUGUUUUCUUUCAGAUCUGGUACUGGUUACGAGAUCUUAUCGACUACGACAAGUCUUCAGAAUACGGCCAGUUUUUUAUUAAGUACAUCUAUGCACAUCUAGCCGCGGAGAUGAAGCUCUACGAUGAUCUAUGUGAUGCCGGUGACCGAACUUCAGUAGCUGCAUGGGAGGAGCUGCUGAACUUUUGGAAUCACCUAGCAACAGACAAGGAAUACGCCGAUUUGGACAAAGGUUGUUUCAAAGAGCUACCAUUCAGUGAACGGCCCAGCAAAAAACGGAAGCGGAAAGAUAUCCCGCCCCCAGCAACGAAGUAUUUUCCAACUGCCCUUCCAAAGAAAACAUCGGAACCGACAGCUGAGAAAUACUAG